UUUUAUUAGAAGACACCAUGGACCUCGUCUGGGGCCUAUAUAGCGUUUAUUCCCACACCAAAUUCCCGAUCAACAGCGUUCAAAAAUCAAAACAAUUGUUUGCCUUACGAUUAUAUAUAUCCAGACCAUAGGGCCGGGAGUCAUCUUAUGGAAGAGGUAAACCUCAAUAAUUUUGGCAUUUAGUGAAGGACUGGAACCCCCUCCUCCAUCUCUCCAUUGUUGAUUGCGUAGAAAAUGCAAUUCCGGUGCCCAUAAACACUAGAGCUUGCGUCUCUUUGUCUUAGAGAGAGAUGGGACUGAAAUCAAGUCUGUGGAGUGCGAUGCCGUUUGCGGCAAUGGUGAUGGUAGAGUGUGGGAGUAUAGGGCUGACAACACUGAGCAAAGCAGCCAUGAGAAGAGGGAUGAGCAACUUCGUCUUCAUCUUGUAUUCAUAUAUUCUCGCCACUCUGCUCCUGCUGCCUUUUCUCUUCAUCUGCCGCAGAGCGAAACACCCCCCACUCACCUUCUCCAUUCUCUGUAGACUUUUCUUACUUGGCAUAGUGAGUUGCAUUUCUCAGAUCCUUCAAUACGAAGGCAUUCGAAGCAGCUCUCCAAUUCUUAAUUCAGCAACAGAUAACAUUCUUCCAGCUUUUAUCUUCAUCCUUGCUAUCAUCUUCAGGAUGGAGCCUCUGGCUUUGAAAAGUUCAUAUGGUCGGGCUAAACUCCUGGGCACCUUGGUAUCAAUCACAGGGGCUUUUGUAGUGACUCUCUAUAAAGGCCCAUCAAUAUUCAUCAGCAAUUCAUCAGCUUCCAACUUGGCCCACCAACGAUUCUUACUCUCACCAAAAUCAAACUGGGUCUUCGGAGGCUUUCUCCUUUCACUUCAUAUUCUGGCGCUUGCGUUUUUGUUUAUCAUUCAGGCCUCAAUCGUUAAGGACUACCAAGCAGAAUUUUCGAUAACCUUCUUUUAUUGUUUCUUUGGCUCCAUCCCAACAGCAUUCAUCUCUGUGAUUGCUGAAAAAGAUCCAAGUGCUUGGAUAUUAAGGCCUAAUCUGGAGUUAAUUGCUAUUAUCUACUCGAAAGAGAACACCAAACGCCUAAUGGAGGAAGUGAAGUUUUCUUCUCAAACAACACCGAGCCAUCAACGAUUUAAUGUUGCCGGCUUGCCGCUGUUGCUGGUUAGUAUCGCCAGUCAUACCUUCGCCGUCAGGAACACUUGCUCCUAUUUGUGUAUGUAUGCGAGAGAGGAGAGAAAGGCGGAGAUGGGGCUGAAAUCAAGUUUAUGGAGUGCGAUGCCGUUUGCGGCAAUGGUGACGGUGGAGUGUGCGAUGAUAGGGCUGAGCACACUGAGCAAAGCGGCCAUGAGAAGAGGGAUGAGUAAUUUUGUCUUCAUCUUGUAUUCCUAUAUUCUCGCCACUCUCCUCCUGCUGCUGCCUUCUGUCUUCGUCAUCUGCCGCCACAGAGCGACGCACGCCGCGCCACUCACUUUCUCCAUCCUCUGUAAAAUUUUCCUCUUGGGGCUAGCGGGUUGCACUGCACAGAUACUUCAAUUCGAAGGUAUUCGAAGCAGCUCUCCCACUCUUAGCUCAGCAGUAGACAACACUCUUCCAGCUUUUGUCUUCAUCCUUGCUUUAAUCUUCAGGAUGGAGCGUCUCUCUUUGAAAAGCUCAUAUGGUCAGGCUAAACUCUUGGGUACCUUGGUAUCAGUCACAGGGGCCUUUGUAGUGACUUUUUAUAGAGGCCCAUCAAUCAUCCGCACUUCAUCAACUUCCAACUCGUCCGAUCAUCAUCAUCAUCAGCAACUUCUACUCUUUCCAAAAUCCAGCUGGGUCUUCGGUGGUUUUCUCCUUUCACUUCAUACUUUGGUUGUUGCAUUUUUGCAUAUUAUUCAGGCCUCAAUCGUUAACGACUACCAAGCAGAAUUUCCGAUAGCCUUCUUUUAUUGUUUCUUUGCCUCCAUCCAAACAACACUCAUCUCUCUGGUUGCAGAAAGAGAUCCAAGUGCUUGGAGAUUAAGGCCUAAUCUGGAGUUGAUCGCUAUUAUCUAUGCGGCAAUUUUUGGAUGUGCAAUUCGUUCCCUUGUUAACUUGUGGUGCUUAGGAAAGAAUGGGCCCGUCUAUGUGGCAAUGUUCAAGCCCUUUGGAAUUGUUAUUGCAGUUGUAACGAGUAGCACCUUCCUUCGAGACAGUCUCUAUCUUGGGAGUGUGGUGGGAUCAGCUAUAAUCUCCGUUGGAUUUUAUGCUGUGAUGUGGGGGAAAGCAAAAGAGUGGAAAAUUGCCAAGGAUAUUGAAGAGUAUAGCUUGAUGUCAACCACCGAAAGGGUCCCUUUGUUAUAAAACAAGAUGAGAGUAUUGAAUCUUGUACCACUAUUGGGCAACACACACAAGAGGAAUAAGAAAAAUAAAGAAGAGAGGCAAAUGAGAUUUCUUUUUCCUUUCUUUUUCUUCUUGUUUUUAUGGAUGCUGUAUUCUCAACUGGGGCCAUGAAAAAAUGAAAUAGGGACGUGGAGCUAAACGAAGUUAAAGUAUUGUUGGAUGUGUG